UCUUCCUGGAUGCUGCGGUGAAGAGCGAAAGCUCUUUCAUACAUUACAUUUCAAGCUUAUCGAAAAUAGCUUGUACGAUAUUUCAUCGGAUGACCUAACUGUUUAAGCUGCCUCUGCUACGGUGAAUCUGUCUUUUUGGUUAGCAUUAAUCAAGUGAGAAGUUAACAAGCUUUGAUGCUGUCUUGUGACAAAUACACGUAAUGUUUCUACCGGCCGGAUAAAUCUUCGCCGCGCAAAAUCCAAACCGAAAAACGUGUGCUUUAACAACCUGUGUUAUCAAGCUGUCCAUCCAUAGCCGGAAAGCGUGGUUAGGCAUAACCGGUUCUAUUUGUGACCCCAGUCUUGUGCGUGACAGAAAGGCAAGCGUUAAGAUGGGAGCACUCCAUCUAUCUGCGCGUAGACGUUGCGUUAUGGAAUUGUGCUAGCGAUUGUAACUAAUACAAGGUGUCUGCCUAAACGAGGAAGUUCGCUAUGCGCUGUGGAUACGCUCAGUGUUGAUCUCAUUUGUGCCUUAAUGCAAGAUGUGUUGAACUUUAAAACCGACGUGGUUUGUAGCGCGGUCUAGUGGCUAUUGUUACUCAAAAGCUGGGUGUGCGCAUGUGUGUGUUACAGCCGAAUAGGGAGUCGGAUCAUCAGUAGGACUAAUUAUUAACAAAUAAGGUCGGGUUGCUGGGUCAAGGGCGGCUGAUGCGCCCAGAUCGUGUGGAGUGGCUGCGAUGUGCGACCUGGCGACGUUCGGCAGCACUCUAAGUGUUGUUGUACCCCCGUGUGGUGCGACGGUUUCCGCCGACGACCAGAUCGUGCCUGACGCCGCUGCCAUUCUUUCUGCUACGGGUACGACCCCGCUAUUCAACCAACACCAACAUUCACCUCACAACAUGCUUCAUGGAGCCGCUCUCACCGGACAGAGUCUUUCGGAGCGGUGGGUUUAUAUACAUUCACAUUCUGGUCAUACAACGCCGCCACAACCUUCUCCUUUAAGGGGGCCAUGGACCCCAUCUGCUCAUCAUCCAGCCAGCGACGCUAAUUCAGUCAACCACAACUCGCUGAAAUUGACGGACAGCAGCGGCAACAUGCUAAAUCAUGCAACGUAUCCUGUUGGACCUGUCUAUCAAGCACAAGGGGGUCAGUCUCCCUUUUGGCCGUCGAGUUCCCCGGCAGCACAGAGUCUUUCGCUUUCGCCGCCGAGCUCGAUGUUGCCGACUCUAGAACCACCUUGUCCUUCACCAGAUUACAAUAAACUGCGGGGUUACGGACCGACCGUACCACAGGACAAAUCCUCGGCACGCUUAGGGUCUUACCCAAGCGGGGACGGGUCAAAACCCGCUCGGGUAUCUUAUCCGUCAAGCACAGUGCCUGAAAGCAACAAGCGGUACGCCCCACAAAUCGAUGACUUCUUUCUUCAGCACGAGCCAAGUUACUACAUUCCGGCCCAGUUACAUCAUCAGCAGCAACAACAUGCUUCAGUCGAGCAGGCCGAGCAGGCAUCGUUCCCGCACGCUCACGUACCAAACAAUACGUUCUGGAGUGCUACUGAACAGUCCACUCUAGUACCAAAGUUGGAAACUGAAUCCUCGUAUCCGAUUAGCUGUUGGCCUCCUGUGAGCUGUCCUGCUUCGUUGUCGCCACCCGCUGUUCCACCUCAGAUUAGUCCCUCGGCGCGCGUGCCCACAACGGCUCUGCCACAAACCACCAUCACGCCACGGACGUAUAAUCGACGUAACAACCCAGAUCUCGAGAAAAGACGAAUCCAUCAUUGCGAUUUCCCCGGAUGCGACAAAGUGUACACGAAAAGUUCGCACCUCAAAGCCCAUCAACGAAUACAUACUGGAGAAAAGCCUUAUCGAUGUCAUUGGAACGAUUGCCAGUGGCGAUUUGCCCGGUCGGAUGAGCUGACCCGUCAUUACCGGAAGCAUACAGGCGCAAAGCCGUUCCGAUGUCAGGUGUGCGGAAGAUCAUUUGCGCGCUCCGAUCAUCUUGCACUUCACAUGAAGCGACAUCAGCCGAAAAGUCCCCGAGGAGCGCCUGGAGUCCUGAAUUCACAUAGCACGAAUUUGGGGGUCACAUCCUUAUAGUCUCCAUACUAGACCUACUUCUUACGCAUUUACAUAUGACUAUAGUGCCGCAUCACGAGACGCAAACGCGGCGGGUAGUUUGUGUCACAAGAUGUGCUCUAUAGCAACGACCGCAGUCGAGCCCAGCGUCGUUUGGCCUAGCGUUACUACCCAGGUGUCUAAGAAAAGUGUACACUACCAAAUACAAGCCUUUGGGAUCACAAACCAAAUGGGUCGCUCAAUCGACCAACUUGGCACCAGGGCAAACCUGGCUAUUAACGAUAGAAAUUCUAUUAGCCCAUUGUGCAAUUCGUCCUUGCCGGGUUCUGGACGGGCGUCCAGCCAGUAACGAGCUCCGAAGGUGGUCUGGCUACUCGGCAGUGAUGAUUACUUAAUACAGUAUUUUCUAGCAUUGUGUAUAUGUAUCGGGUGUACAGGGAAAUUAGUUUUUAAAUGCUGUGACUGCAAUUCUCCUAGAAAUCGGCACUAUUUCUAGUAAUCUAACACAGUUUUUUUCACUGAUUGGAGUUUCAAGCCUAAACAGUCACCAACUUUGCUCAGAUUCGUACGAGAACGAUAGUGAAUAGAUCGAAAUCUUUCUGUUGGAACCCUAAAUGUUACUUUUUAAGAUAGGCUAAAUUUCUGCCUGUACAUCUAAUAUAAAUGUAUUUAAUGUAUAAAAAAAUAUAUCAAAAUGGAAAAAGUACGGCCAAGAAGGUCAGAGAACGAAAACCUGUGUUUGAAUUAUGUUUCAAUUAAGCUGAAUGGCCCAAUUUCAGUGGACUUAUUAAAAUGGUCAAGCCGUUUGGCGGUUGAUAACCGCUAACUGCCUGUUAUAAAUACAAUUUUAGAAUGGCGACCUCCUAUUGUGAUAUUGCUUUUGGCAGGGCCAGAGAUUCGUUCUUUAUAGGUUGUGUUAUUCUCGCUCAGCUUGAAAAACGGACUAAGUUUAAGCAACGUUUUAUUGACAAGCAAAAAAACUAGAUCAUCAUAGAUAAAUCAAUCGUUAGCAGACGAUAUCCGACUUCCAUGGGAAGCAUUGCAUCACCAAUUUGAAUCUUAUUUCAUCGACAACGUUUGCCCAAAACGUUAAGUGGUCUCGAUUCCAUCUAAUGGUUUCACCCAUGUGGCAGCCAUCUCGGGUCCUUUACGAGUAUAUGAUAUUUAUAUUCGGCUGUACUGAAACAAUUGAUCUUUACCAGUUCCGUAGAUAGACACGCAUUAGCAGCUUAAAACAAUGGUAAAGAGCCCGACAUUCAA